AGGAGACUGGGACUGAGGUAACGUAGGGAAGAACUCUGUCAAGGGGCUUAGCAGUGAAAGUGGGAAGGUUGCUGAAGGGGCUAGUUCAGAGAAAAUUAUUUCCAUUUUGAUACUCUAAAAAGCCUCAAGGAACAAGAAGAUCCAAAUUUCCAGCUUUGCUUUUUAUGUCAUUGGUUAACGGAUAACUUUGGCAAAUUUCCCACCGGUAUGUAAGGUAGGCCGCAUUUAGGCCGAACGUGCGGAGGAGACAAGUUGCUUGGAUUUGAUACAUAGGAGGAAGUAAGGCCGUGCAACUUAACAAUGGCUUGGAACGUACGACAUCUUGUCAGCAAAAAGAAAAAGCGUUACGUUGAAGAUGGAUUCGACCUGGACUUGUCUUAUAUCAAACCUAACAUCGUAGCCAUGGGUUUUCCAGCUGAAAAGUUGGAAGGUGUUUACAGAAAUAAUAUCGAUGAGGUAGCAAGGUUCUUAGACACCAAGCACAAAGACCACUACAAGCUAUACAACUUGUGCAGAGAAAAGACAUAUGAUGAAUCAAAGUUUCAUCACAGAGUUUCUUCCUACCUUUUUGAUGAUCACAAUGCCCCACCAUUUGAAUUAAUACAACCGUUUUGUGAAGACAUGGAUGAUUUUUUAAACAGUGAUCCGAAAAAUGUUGCAAUAGUUCAUUGCAAAGCUGGAAAGGGAAGGACAGGAGUAAUGAUCUGCGCAUAUCUCCUCCACACCAGACAUUGUAAAAACACUAAAGAUGCCCUUAGGUUUUAUGGUGAUGCUAGAACGCUGAAUAACAAGGGGGUAACGAUUCCAAGUCAGCGAAGAUACGUGGAGUACUAUGGUCAUUUUAUCAGGCAUAAUCUAAGUUACUCAGCGGAAACCAUUCUUAUAUCUUCGUUUCACAUGAACACAGUGCCAAAUAUAAAUAAUGGCUCUUGUUCUCCAUAUUUUGUGAUAUGGCAAAAAGGUGUGAAGCUGUUCCAGUCGAAAGUAUAUGAAGUUACCAAAAAGGAUUCUUGCAAAAGGGUCAUUUGUGAUUUAGCCGCUCCUAUUCCUGUGUGUGGAGAUAUCAAAGUCGAAUUCUACCACAAAGAUUAUUUUUCAAAGGAAAGGAUGUUCAUAUUUUGGUUCAAUACGUUUUUCGUGAAGUCAGGAUACACCCCUGAUAAACCUGAUGGUGGUGGGGAAAAGAAUGCAAUUGAGAGAUACUCAGAUGGUUCUGAAAUUAGGACGUUCUCCUUUGGAAAAGAGGACUUAGAUAAAGCAAACAAGGACAAAAAGCACAAAGUAUACCUCCAAAAUUUCAAGUUGACUGCCAAUGUUAUCGUACCCGGCACUGGCUCCUUGGACGACACUCUUUGCUUGAGCAAUGAAAAACUGAGGGACCUGGAAACCCAUUCCGCAGAUAUAACAAUAGACGACGACGAAGACUUAUCAGAACCGGAAACUAACGAAUGGGAUGAUGCCGAGCCGGAUCAUGUAAAAAGAAAGACCGCAAGCAAGAAUGCGACCGACCUCGAAGUUAAUGAAACAAUGCAAACACAGUCCGGGUAUGUGUGUUCCAGAGUCUAGGAGCCAUACUCCGGCCAGACCUUUAUUUAGUUUUAAGACCGGUAGUAAUUCUUUAGUUAUUUCAGUAGUUAAUGAACAAACUUAUAUUUAGUGUUUACGUGUCUACAAGGGAUGUUCGGCUCAUGAUGGAUGAUAUUCCGCCAGGGCCCUUAAGGAGCGGAUACGUUUGCAAAUCUUUGUCUCUGAUCUGGUACCAGAUAUGCAGUUGGGUAAAUUCGAGUUUAAACUUGAGUAGCAAUAUUUUGUCCCGGGUGGUUUUUGCCAAGGUUUCCUAUGCAUGUGUGUUGAGCAUGUUCUACACGAACAGUAGACCUUGCCGUCACAGACAGACAAGCUCGGGGGUUCAAUGUAAUUUAUCGUUUUCAAUAGGAUAAAUCAACGAUAUUUUCUUAUUUUUGUGGAGGGCAACUGAUAAAAAAUGCCCGUGUAUUUCUAAUACCAGAUAAUAUUUUAUUUUGAUGCAGUUUCUUCUGAUGCAGUAACCUGAUCUUCGAUUGGUAAUGCCUAUCUUUUUAUGUUUUAAAACUGAGGGAAACGUAUGUUUUCAUUUUCGGUUUUCAUCAUGUAAAGGAAGUUAAUAUGAUAUA